AUGGCAAUCAUAUUCCCUUGUGGAUUAAGUGCACGAAAGCAGCCCAAGCACGUACUGAAAACAAAGCUCAGUACCUGCGUUCUCAUCAAGUUUUUGAACGUCAUGCCAACGAGGUAUAGGAAUUUGGGUCACCCAGACAAAGCGAAUGUUGCUAGUAUCUGGAUAGGUAUUAUAAGAUAUUACAAGAAUUUAGGUAGUUUCUACAUGAUGUCUGAUGUGGCAAUCGGGAAUGGUGCAGGCACAAUGAGAACAUACGUGUUUAUGAUUAUUCCACCCACGACCUUUUUGAAGACAAUCACCUCAAUCUCUCCUAAGUGCCCUCGCCUCCCCGACUAUGUUAGCCAAUAUCACUCCGCACUUGACAUUUCACAUGGUCCUCUUCGUACGACUUCUGACGGCAAUCUCAUCGUCGAAGAGUCAGGCGACUGGGUUCUCCUCGACACGCCACCACAUGAUCGUCAAAACCACGAGAUUAAGGUGUCGAGAAGAAACAUACCAGCUAUCGACCUUCCCGAAGCAAAGAAUGGUGCAACAGGCUUGGAAGAUGCGCGAAGUCGAGAUCGGGCGCGGAGAAUCAUCAAAGACCGUGGUCUGGUCCUCGCGUGA